GCAUGCGUAUGAUGGUGUGCGCUAAGUGUGAGAAGAAAUUGGCUAAGAUAGCCACUCCUGAUCCCUUUAGGGUAAAAGCGUCAAAAUCAAGCGGCGCAAGUGCGUCUUCGAGCUCAACGGGACCUAGCAGGAGAGUCAAUGAAAACAAAGCUCUGACAGGAAAGAAAACAAGGUUUCAACCUUACAGACAGUUCAAUCGAUGCCGAAUCUGUAAACAAAAUGUCCAUCAACCACAAGCUAACUACUGUCAAGGAUGUGCAUACCAAAAAGGUAUUUGUGCCAUGUGUGGCAAGCAGUUGUUAGAUGUGAAGAAUUACAAGCAGACGUCAGUUUGACGAAAAAGGAAGAAAAGGAAAAGUUGUACUAUAGUUUGUACAUAUUGCGUGCAGAUGGCAUGGAGACCCAUUAGCUGUGAAUUUGCAUGUGGGAGUGAUAAUCAAAUAGAACACCUGCUAAAUGCCGGAGCGGUA